AUGCGGAGGCGGGCGGCGGCGAGCGACGAUGAUGAAGGUGAAAGUGAGGGGAGGAAGAAUCGUGGGCAGAUCCAACGGCUCCCAUUCACUCUGAUGAAUCGGACGAUAGAAGAAGAAAUUGAUGAGGAUAUUCGUCACUUCAGAGCUUCAGAGCUUCUGGAAUUGCCCAAGAAGGACAAGCACCACCUCUUCCACACCGUGUACCGCGUUGGGGAUCUCGACCGCACCAUCAAGUUUUACACUGAGGCUCUUGGGUUGAAGCUGUUGCGGCAGAGGGACAUUCCGGAAGAGAAGUACUCGAAUGCUUUCCUCGGAUUCAGGCUGGAAGAAACGAACUUUGUAAUGGAGCUCACUUUCAAUUAUGGAGUAAUUCCUAUGAUAUUGGGAUUGGGUUUGGUCACAAAAGAGCUUGGAGGAAAGAUAACAAGAGAGUACGUAAAGGACUGGGAAAAUUUCUGGUCGCAGACAUGGAGGAAGAGAGGGAGAGUAUCAAAGUCAGAAAGAGGUACAAGUACUAAAUUACCCUCUGACAAAUGA